UGUCAAAGCAUCUGUCAAAAAAAAAGAAAGAAGAAGAAAUCAAAACUAUCCAAAAUCUGUCUUUCCAAUUCGAAAUCUUGCUGUGAAGGAAUGGCAAUGGCUGCAACAGUCUCUUCUUCAGGGAUCACAAGCUGUGCUUUCUCUCGUUCUGUGAUCUCUUCAGAACCCAAAGUAUCGCAAAUCGGUUCGUUGAAGUUAUUAGACCGUGUUAGUGUCACAACUCCGAUGCCUCUGAAUCUAUCUGGGAAGCGAUCAUCCGUCAAGCCCUUAAACGCUGAGCCAAAGAGGAACGACUCUAUGGUCCCUCUUGCAGCAACAAUGGUAGCACAAGUCGCAGAGGAAGUAGUUGAGACAGAGGAUUUUGCAGAGCUUGCUAAGAAGCUAGAGAAUGCUUCACCUCUUCAGAUUAUGGAUAAAGCCCUCGAGAUGUUCGGCAACGACAUCGCUAUUGCUUUUAGUGGUGCUGAGGAUGUUGCUUUGAUUGAGUACGCUCAUUUAACUGGGAGACCAUAUAGAGUGUUUAGUUUGGAUACAGGGAGGUUAAACCCUGAGACGUAUCGGUUUUUCGACGCGGUGGAGACACACUAUGGGAUUAGGAUUGAGUACAUGUUUCCCGACUCUGUUGAGGUUCAAGGCUUGGUUAGGAGCAAGGGUUUGUUCUCUUUCUACGAGGAUGGUCAUCAGGAGUGUUGCCGUGUGCGAAAGGUGAGACCUUUGAGGCGUGCGCUCAAGGGCUUAAGAGCUUGGAUCACUGGUCAGAGGAAAGAUCAGUCUCCUGGAACCAGGUCUGAGAUUCCGGUUGUUCAGGUUGAUCCAGUUUUCGAAGGUUUGGACGGUGGAGCUGGUAGCUUGGUGAAGUGGAACCCGGUUGCGAACGUUGAAGGGAGCCAUGUGUGGAGUUUCUUGAGGACUAUGGAUGUUCCGGUCAACACACUGCACGCGGCGGGGUAUGUUUCGAUAGGGUGCGAGCCGUGCACGAGAGCGGUUUUUCCUGGCCAGCACGAGAGAGAAGGGAGAUGGUGGUGGGAAGAUGCUAAGGCUAAGGAGUGUGGACUUCACAAAGGGAACAUCAAGGAGAAUGCUAAUGUAAACGGAGAGUCAAAACCCAUUGUUGAGGAUAUCUUUAAGAGUGAGAAUCUUGUGGCUCUGAGCAGGCAAGGGAUUGAUAAUUUGGUGAAGUUGGAGAACCGUAAAGAGCCUUGGAUCGUUGUGCUUUAUGCUCCGUGGUGUCCGUUUUGUCAAGCCAUGGAAGCAUCGUAUGAUGAACUGGCUGAUAAACUGGCUGGAAGUGGGGUUAAGGUUGCCAAGUUCAGAGCUGAUGGUGAGCAGAAGGAGUUUGCUAAGCAGGAGUUGCAGCUCGGUAGCUUCCCGACGAUACUGGUUUUCCCUAAGAACUCUACAGGACCAAUCAAGUAUCCGUCUGAGAAGAGAGACGUUGAUUCUUUGACUUCGUUCUUGAAUCUUGUCCGGUAAAGAAACCGCAAAACUAGUCGACACUUUCAUGAGAACAGAGAGAUCAAACAAGAACCAUUUCAUCUCGUUCCAGAUUGCUAGAACAGAUGAAAGCUCGUGUCCAGAGAGUGAUGAUUUACAGCUUCAGGUCACAUAGUUAGAGAGAUAUAAGCUCUCGAAUAAAGCUUGAGUUUAUGCAGUAUUGUAGUGUUUCAAAGCUGUAAAAGUGAUGCUUUUCAUGUAAAUUUUGUGGUUCUUAGUGAAAUGAAACUCAAUGUUUCUUCC